AUGGAAGGCAAUACGGAGAAAAAUAUUCCCCGGGUGGGUCUCCGAAAGGGGGAAUCCCACACUCCGGCUUCGGCCGGGGGUCGCUCCACGUAUACGGGGGGAGCACCUAUUGCUGUGGAGGAGGAGGAGAGGAGAAAGGAGAGGAUAAACGACGACUUUGGCUUGAUUACGGAAAAGGAUUUGCAAAACGACUUGAUUGCUUUGACGACGUCGCGCGUUACUCCGGAGCCGGUGCCCCUUACCGCACCGGUAGCGGAGCGAACGGCGACAUGGAAUGAAGAUUCUCUUCACGCACUGCAAACACCGGUGGUGCAGCUCGAGAGAAUAGAUUUGACAGACGGCUCUCGGGCAGCAACGCCCGCGCCGCUACAAAGUAAGUUCUUCAAUCUUGGAGGAAGAACUUCGGAUGACUUCGAGAGUGGAAACGAGACCGCCGUCUCUCGAAGUCACGACGAGGACAAAGAGCGGACAAAAAGGCAUUUCCGCAAAAGGCGCGGCAGUAAUGUGGAUGAGUCCGACUCUGAGAGCAGAAAGGGCACGACCUCCUCGAAGAGCGCAAAGCGCGGAAGUAAGCGUGGUAGGGGCAGGCCCCCAACCACCGGCCAUUACGUAGGUUUGGCCAAAGCCCGACAGGAUCAGAUCACCCUUGAGCGGGAGAUAGUGAAGGUGGAGGCCAAAGGCGCCGUUCCUAAAGAGACUGUAAGGACUCAACAAACGCGCUCGUUCCGUUUGUCUGAGUCCUCCAUCUUAUCGGAUACGACAAUGGCAGAGGAGGAUGCGGUCACGAGGGCUAAACUGGGCUCCAAAAUAACACAGAGCCUGGAAGUCAUCACCAAAGUGGCCAAGACCUCUAAAAACUUGAGUGGGAUUAAGACUCUGAAGAUGGCGGUGUCCGACAUCCAAGAGUCCUGCGCGGCACUCCUAAGACACUCAACGUCGGAGGAAACAAGAGCUCUGGAGGCGGCAAACACGCGCCUCUCCAGGGAACUUUCAGAGAUGAAGACCGAGCUUGCGACUGUAAAACGCGAGCUCCAGAAUAUGAGACCUCAGGCUGCCCCUGCAGCCCCCCCAGACAUCGAAGAGAUGUUAAAGAGGGCGGUUCAAGAGGCAGUCUCUUUAUCAAGCGCAAGGCUUAAUGCACGACUGGAGGGGUUGGAAGCCCGGCUACUGCCGGAGCCUCGCCUGCGCCCCCCACUCGCCGCUGAUAAGAGAAAGGAGCGUGAGGCCCCUGCUACAACACCUGCAGGCCCCUCACAAAAAGAAAAGAGGACGCCGCCGCCGGAGCCAUCGGUCUCGACUCUGAUGCCUCCGACGAACCCCGGCCCGGCGCCGAAGAAGGCGAAGAAGAAAAAGAAGUCUGCCGCUGCCAUCGAAGCGGCAGCCUCGAGGCACGACACGGCAACAACAGCAGCGGUGUCGCAGCCCGCCACCACCUCAGAGUGGGCGCAGGUGGUAAAGAAAGGAAAGGCGGACAAGAAAGCUGAGCGAAAAGCGCCGCCUAAAAAGAAGAAAAAGAAGAGCGGAAAUAAGCUACGCGUUCCUAAAACAGCAGCCGUAGUCCUAACGCUGCUACCGGACGCGGCGGAACGAGGUGUCUCCUAUGGGGACAUCCUCGAAAAGGCCAAACAAGAGCUGGACCUGACGGCACUGGACAUUCCACCAGUGAGAUUUAAGCGGGCCGUGACCGGGGCCCGUAUGUACGAAGUUUCUGGUCCAGCCUGUAAAGAAAAGGCCGAUGCCCUUGCAGGAAAAUUGAAGGAGAUCAUCGGGGAGGACGUCGUUCGUGUUUCUCGGCCACAAAAGUGCGCCGAGCUACGCAUAGUUGGCCUCGAUGAUUCUGCCUCUGCGCAGGAGAUUGCCGCCGCCAUCGCGAGAUCUGGAGGAUGCGCAACGGAUGACGUCAGGGUCGGCGAGAUCCGAAUUGAUAGAAGCGGCCGCGGCACUACCUGGGUCAAGUGCCCGAUCGAGGCGGCGAAGCAGGUGACGACACCGAACACCAAGAUGUACAUCGGGUGGACCUCAGUGCGUGUGACGCUCUUGUCCUCACGACCUAUGAGGUGCUACUUCUGCCACGAGAUUGGACACACACGGGCCACUUGCCCCAAAGGUGACGACCGCAGCGUGUUAUGCUUCCGCUGCGGCCGAAUUGGCCACAUGAAUGCGCAGUGCAGUAAUGCACCCCACUGUGCGUUGUGCGACGGCCACGGCAAACCAGCGGACCACGUUGUGGGGACAAAGGGCAAACCCUGUAGUGAACCCGAGACCAAGAAGAGGAACGGCCCCAAGAAGAGCCAAGCGACCAGGAGGAACGCCAAAACAUCUAAGGCGGCCUCCGGCGCCAGAGAGGAGAUACUUGAGUCGAAGAUCGAUGUCGCCGUCGCCGCUGAACCGUACCGCGUCCUAAACAGAGACGACUGGCUGGGGGAUGCGGACUCACGGGUCGCGCUCGUUUUUGGUCCCAAGGUUGCGCCACCGACCUCCCGUGGCAUAACAAGAGGCAAUGGGUUCGUGUCUGCCAAACUAAGGGCACUCACUGUGGUGGGGGUAUAUUUCUCCCCCAACAGGGCCCUUGCCGAUUUUGAGUCGUUCCUGUUGAGACUGACCACGUUCGUCGAAGGGACAUCCGGUCCGGUGAUCAUCGCCGGGGACUUCAAUGCGAAGUCGACGCUAUGGGGUUCCCCGGCGACGGAUGCCAGAGGCCGAGUCGUCGCUAACUGGCUGGCGUCCAAAGGCUUUGUGUUGGCAAAUCGCGGUACCACUAGCACCUGCGUUCGGUGGCAGGGCGAGUCGAUAGUAGACCUGACGUUGUCCAGCCCAACUGUCGCUCGCCGGAUCACCAAUUGGAGAGUACUGAGCGACAAAGAGACCCUAUCGGACCACCGAUAUAUACGCUUUGACGUUUCUGCUUGCACGUCAGAGCUGGGUCGCCGAACUCCUUCUCACGGUGGUCCAAGGUGGUCCUUGAGGAGGCUCGACCGAGAAAUGCUCAAGGAAGCAGCGAUAGUCGCAGCAUGGAACCCCCUCCCUCCCGAAGGAGGAGUUGAGGAAUUGGCCGAUUGGCUAAAUGACGCGGCGCAUAAUAUUUGCGAUGCAUCAAUGCCCCGAUUAGGUCCUGUCAAGCCUCGUGGCCAGACAUAUUGGUGGUCCCUGGAUCUCAAGCGUCUCAGACAAGUGUGCGUGGCUGCUCGGCGCCGAUACACGAGAUACCGUAGAAGACGCAACCGGACUGAGGAAGAGGAGGCGGUCAUUUAUGACGCAUACCGUACGGCGCGCCACAACCUACGCGAUGCCAUACGUGCAGCAAAGAAAGAGGCCUGGGAUGAGUGGCUUGAGUCGUUGGAGCAGGAUCCUUGGGGCAAGCCUUACAAGUUGGUGAGGCAGAAGCUCCGACCUGCUGCCCCACCGCUCACACAGACCCUACAACCGGAGUUCCGCAGCACCAUAAUCUCGGCCCUGUUUCCAUCUAGGGCCGAGUGGUCCCCGCCCCCUAUGGCAUCACCCACUACGGAACCCGAAGAGGAAGUAGAAGUGCCCCCGGUGACAGCAGCAGAGCUGGCAGCUGCGAUCCAUAAAAUGGGCAAGAACAAAGCCCCCGGUCUUGACGGAGUCCCCGGAAAAGUCUGGGAGCUUUCGAUGGAACAGCUGGAGUCCCACGUACUCUCGGUAUUGACCAGUUGCGUGGUCCAGGGACAAGUGCCGAGGCGCUGGAAAACCGGCAAGCUAGUUCUGUUGAGGAAGAAUGGAAAGCCCGAAGACCAGCCGUCGGCCUACCGCCCUAUCGUCCUGAUAGACGAAAUCGGCAAGAUCUUGGAAAGAAUAAUCGUGGCGCGUCUCAACCAACAUCUCGAGAACGUCGGCCCGAACCUUAGUGAGGCUCAACACGGUUUCCGAUCUUGCCGAUCGACAAUAGACGCGGUGGCCCGGCUGAAGGCCAUCACGGAGGAGGAAGUCGCCCGGGGCGGGGUGGUUCUAGCUGUGUCCCUAGACAUUAGCAACGCUUUCAACUCCCUACCCUGGGCAACCAUUGAAGAGGCCCUGAAGUACCACCGCGUUCCGAGGUAUAUGCGGAAGCUCAUCCGCAAUUACUUAUCGGAACGAUCGGUGCAGUACCCCACAGAGGACGGCUGGGAGGAGUACGAGGUCGAUUGCGGAGUUCCACAGGGUUCUGCACUCGGUCCGACCCUGUGGAACAUAGGCUUUGACUACGUUCUGCGUUGCAGGAUGCUUUCUGGAGCUGAGGAAAUAGCCUACGCAGACGACACACUUGCCGUUUGUCGCGGCAAGACGAUACGAGAGGCCAAGAUUCUGGCGACGGCGACGGUCGCUCAGAUUGUCCGGCGAAUACAGUCGCUGGGCCUGACGGUGGCUCUCAACAAGUCCGAAGCCUUGUUAUUUCACGGGCCAAGGAAAUCGCCUCCGCCGGGCCUAGCUGUAACAGUAAGCGGCAUUAAUAUUGAGGUGAAGUCAUCAAUGACAUAUCUUGGCCUGGUCCUCGACGGCCGAUGGACUUUUAAGGACCAUUUCCGUCGCUUAUCCGAGAGGGUCAGUAGGUCAGCGGGGGCCCUGGCAUCCCUCCUGCCCAACCUCGGAGGGCCGAGCUUAACGUGCCGACGACUAUAUAUGGGAGUCAUUCGCUCCAUGAUAAUGUAUGGGGCGCCGAUAUGGGCCAAAGAUCUGUCGCCUUCAAAUCGGCUUGUCCUCGGGAGAGUACAAAGGACCAUGGCGACGCGAGUAGUUCGUGGGUAUCGCACCAUCUCAAAAGAUGCUGCGUGCCUGCUCGCCGGUAGUGUCCCAUGGGACCUUGAAGCUAGAGCCCUCGCCGACGUCUACUGGCGUGGCGCAGCGACUCGCGCGGGGGGCAGCAACCCCCUACCGGAUGCCGUACGUCGGUGGAGGGACCAAGCCAGAGAACGGACCAUCGAGCUGUGGGAGGAAAGGCUGCAAGAGCCUCAAGUCAGCGUAAAUCUGGUGCAGGCCAUUCGACCAGUGCUGAAACAGUGGUUGACAAGGAAGACCGGCGCGCUCUCCUUCCGACUCACACAGGUGCUGACCGGGCAUGGCUGCUUCGGUCGGUACCUGUGCGAGAUCGUAAGUCGAGAAGAAACCACGCGAUGUCACCACUGUGACUGUGACAGGGACACGACCGAACAUACCGUCACGGCGUGUCCCUCCUGGAUAGUACAACGUGCGGCACUCAGUGCUACUAUCGGACCGGACCUUUCGCUGCCGGCACUAUUUCGUGCAAUGCUGAGUAGCGAACAAGAGUGGAAAGCGGUGGAGGAUUUCGCUCACGACGUCAUCUCCGCAAAAGAGGAGGCCGAGCGCAUAAGGGAGAGGGAGGCGCUCGACCCUCGUCGCAGAAGUAGGCCAAGGCGAAGACGGGUCAAUCUGAAUGACCAAAGCGUCCCACCUUAGCCAGGGAGCUCGGGGCGGCGGUAUGGGGAUGCCGUCGCCCAUUGCACCGAGUCCCCGAGAGGGUCGCGAUGCGCUGCGUACUCUUCGCGCAUCGCGACACCAAAGUGGAAGGGCCUCUGUUCGGCCACGGAGCCUGUAUGGGCUCGAGGAGGGCCUGCUGGUGAUAAGCAGGCACACGCACGCAGAACUGCGGAAAGAAAGCUCGCGCGUUCUCGCAACCCUGCGUGCGAAAAGUGGAAGAGUAUAGACGGGUUUUAGUGGGUAGGGCUGCGGUCAAUUCACCAUCUUUACGGCCGCAGCGAGUCCUACAUACCC